AGAAAAGAAACUGGAAGGGUAGCAUAAUGGCACCUUUUUCUGCCAACAAUAUGCUGGUUUUGCACAGCUGUCCAGACAACAAUUCUGGCAAGUACUUUGUGCAAGUGCUGCACAACAAAGUUCCAGUUCCUAUGCCGGGUUGUGAUAACAAGGAUUUCUGUCCAUCUGAAGUUUUCAAGGAAAGGAUUGUUAAUCCUCCUUUGAAGCAUGACUUUUAUUCAAUCUGUAGUGCAAAGUUAGAAGGUCAGGGCCCCAAACCAGUUACUGGUAUGUUGACACAGUUAUUCAGUGGGUUGUUCUGGCAGGAUGGUGAAACACAGAAAAAUAAAGUCGAAUUGUAGUUAAUAUUUCUACGAAAGGAAGAGUUGUUAUGUUCUUUUUUCAUACUGGCAAUUUCUUAUUUGUAUCCUGAGUUUCAGCUAAGGCCAGGCCUUUCUCCUAGCAAGUCCACUCUUUGAGGUUGAGAUCACAGCUGAGUUGGACUGUGCCUUCAGUCACAACUUGAGGUUGCAAGCAUGAUUACGGAUUUCUCAUCAAAGUAAUUUCAACUACAGGAAGCAUAAUGCCUACCAUUGUUGUGAGGUAAGCAGUGACUUAAUUGAUGUGGUGCAAAGACCUUUGUUCUUGAUGCCCAGUUCUGAACUGUUGUUGAUCAAAUGUGAAUAUGUUUUUUGUAUAUUUUCAUUUCAGUCAGUCCCAUGACAGUAAGUUCAUAAGUACAGCAUCUUAUACAAUUCAUUGAUGUGGUGCAAAGAUCUCCGCUGUGUUAUGCGUUUCUUAUGUCAUUAGCCAGAUUUUGUAAUGCACUAACACAAGCCACUAAUCCCUCCUGGUGGGUGGGGAUGUUUUGGCA